AUGCUUAUACUUGUCGCUGGAGUCUCCGGAAACAUGGGCCAGAAACUGGUUCAUUCUCUUACUUCCCGAGGACACCGUGUCCGGGGUCUCGGACGGGAUGCUUCUAAGCUAGUCCCCCACACCUACGCCUUAUUGGACGACUUCGUCACUUGUGAAGUCUACUACGAUUCUGCCGCAUUGGAUCGCGCCUGCGCUGGGGUAGACGGCAUCAUUUGCGCGUACGGUAUGGAUCCGCGCCUUCAACUGGAAGGGCAACUCUUGCUCCUGCGCGCAGCCGAGCGGGCCAAUGUUUGCAUAUACGUUACCGCAUGCUGGAACCACGAUUGGAGCAAGCUGGAACUUGGCAAACAUGAGGCUUAUGAUGCACUUGUCAGCUUCCGCCAUCAUGUCGAAAUGACUUCCGACAUCAAGCCAAUAUAUGUUUUCAAUAGUAUAUUCGCCGAAACAUUAUUUUCUACGAUUGGACACGGCCAUGUUGGUCCAGACAUGCCCCUGGUCUGGGACUCAAGCACCAAGACUAUGAACAUCUGGGGAACUGGCCACUCAGUAUGGUACUGGACAACCGAGCAGGACUCUGCGGAGUUUACAGCCGAAAUCAUUCAACGGAACGACGCCGCCCAGGGUGGAUGUUGGAACGUCUGUUCUGGGGCAAACUCCCUCCUCGAGAUAGCCAAGGUGUAUGAGCAGGAGCGAGACGUUCAAGUCAAGCUCAAUAAGCUAGGUACCAUUGACGACCUCAGGGAGAAAGCGUUAAAGGCUAGGAAGGAGGGAAGGAAAACUGACUAUCGUUUGUACAUUGGUUGGUUCUAUCAACUAUACGCCAUUGAUGGUACCUGGGUCUUCCCCAAGCUCGAUAAUGACAUCCUUGAGGUCAAGACCACAUCGUUGGUUGAGUUCCUCAAAAUGCAUCCCGACAUUUGA